AUGGUUAAUUUUCCUUUUUCAUUGGUGAUUUUUCUUUUAUUUGUUACAUCUUGUUAUUCGGUUAAAUUUGUUGAUGUGGAUACUAUUUGUAAGAAUGCUACAAACCCUUCAUUUUGUUCAACUCUUCUCAAAUCAAAGCCCGGCGGCGGAAGCGGCGAUCUCGCUAGCCUUGCAGAAUACACCCUUAGUGUGGUUCAUACCAAUGUGACAAACACCAUGAAUCAAAUCAAAGAGCUAAUUAAACAAAGUGGAAGUAAUGUUGCGGCAACUACACAUUAUAAAGGUUGUUUAUUCAAUUUUGGAGAUUUGGGUGCCCUUGGUGCAAUUGGGGCUGCUCAAGAUGCCUUGAAGAAGAGAGACUAUAAAUUUGCUCAUGAUGAUGCUAAUGAUAUCUCAUUUUUUAUGUUUUUAUGUAUUUCAGGGAACUUGCCAAGUGACCCUCCUUUUCAUGAUACUUCUUUGCUCCCAAAAUAUGUUGAUAUUGUCGAUCAAAUUGCUAAGAUUAUUGUUAGAAUAUUAAAUUAUUUGAUAUAA